AUGCAUCCAAAGUCCCAGACAGAUCUUCGUGCUUAUUUGAGAUCUUUACAAGAAUUAGAAACUCAAAAUAAAAUUGAUUGGUACUGGUCAGACUUUACAAUUUUAAAAAGUACUGACGAGGUAACUUAUAAAGACUGCGUAAAGUUUUGGAAAAAAGUUUUAGUUGAAACAAGUAAUCGUGGUUUACUGGGGGAAGAUAUAAUAUGUUUAGAAACAAAUGAAACUUUGGAAGACAAUUUUCAAAAUAAAGGGUAUAGCCCAUUAAGCUUGCCUUGUGUCAUUCAAGAAAUGUAUAUGAACAAUGAACUAAUACCUGCUGAUGAGUUUAUUUCUUCACGAAAUCUGUCCUGGACAAGCUGGAUAGUUUCAAAAUAUAUAGUGAAUCCGAUUUAUUGGAGAUUACAAAAGUUAAUUAGUUCUGGAAAUUAUUAUUCUGCAAAAUGGGUUAAAAUGGAUACAUUGAAAGAAGCUGCUUGUCGAGUCCUUCAACAUCAAGAGAAACAUGGAAUUAACGGGGUCACUGAUAAUCUUUAUACUUUAUCAACAUUCAAAGCUGAAUUUUCAGCCGUAGCAAUGCCAAAUGUUACAUUAUCAGAUUUUGAUAUAAAGAUUUUAAUAACAUAUUUGGAGUCUGAACGUAAAGUUUUGAUAACGGAUUCCUUGCACGAAGAUGUUAAUAAAAAAGAAAGUGACAUGAUUAUUAAAUUUAGAGCGAAAAAUCUUAAUGCUAAUGCUAAAUUCGAAAUUACUUCAAUUGAUCGUGGGAUCAUUUAUAUCAAGGAAACUUGUGAUAAAUUACAUCAGCAAAUUCAUGACAUAGAAGAGCGGAUAAAAGAGUGGGUAUUUCAAAACUUGUUAGUUAUAGUAACUUCUUGGGAUACUUAUCAGGAUUUUAACUUUUUUCUUAGAGUAUCAACCAAAAUUCAUAAUUACAUUCUUCGAAAACAAAAGGUUAUGGCAAAGCAUCGUUUGCGACAAAAGAUACACCUGGAAAAAGUUUUGUCGAAAAGGGUUGAAUCUUUGGAAACUGUCGAGAGAAUUCUUUUAAAGAUUCAAGGAGCAGCAUCAGAUGCAGAAAUAAUCGACAUAUAUAACGUUAGUGCAAAUACUUUACAUGAUUUUAUGGCCUCAACUGGACUCACGGUCGAUUCUGUAGACACCACGAUAGAUAAGUUACAAGAUAUUUUGGCAGAUCAACAAGAAAUCGAUGAGGCCAUGAAACUAGGAAGUGACUCUUUAGUUGAUACCCAAGACGAUGAAUUAGAACAGGAAUUAGAAGAUUUGUUGUCAAAUGAAACAGUAAAGGAAACGGUAAAGGAAUCUCCAACAACCGUGCCUACGAAGCCUUCAGUACCUCAACAGAUAAUUAACAAUGAAGAUACUAUCAAACCAAAGAAUCAAGAUGAUAAAAUUAUUAUAAACCUAAUUAAUACUUCUCCAAGGGCUCCCGUCGAAUUGCCGUCUACAAAUUCUUCCACAUUAAAUAAGAUACCUGUAAAUUCAUGUACGAGUCCACAGAAACCAAAUAACCUUUAUAUUCCAUACCCCAUUUUAAGCGGACGAUUACAGGCUUCCCGGUCAAUUCUUGAAGAAAUGGUUUUGGAUUUACCGGUUGAAACUACGUUAGAAAUGAACACGCGCGCAAAAACCGCUGGUCUUAUAAAAGAAUUUUUUUCUUCUUCUAAUUAUGCCGUCGUAGGUGCUUCAACAGAUCCCUCGAAAUAUGGCAAUAAGGGAUUAAACUGUGCUCCGAAUUUAUCUUCGUUACCAAACAUUGAUCCUAAUAAUACAUCUAUUUCGAUAAUAACUCAGCCAAAUGUGUCAAAAGAUAUAUUGAAAGAGGCGACAAAAUUGGGAAUUAGUCGUGUAUGGCUUCAACCAGGGGCUGAAAACGUUGAAUGUCAAGAAUAUGCAAAUAAAAUUGGAUUGCAAAUAAUUAGUGGUGGUCCUUGUGUUUUGGUUAAUGGGAUUAAACGUUAG